GAGUGUUCCUGGUUCUAUAUAUACACGUAUAUCCCACCGGGUCAGCGAGCGGCCUUGAACAUCAGGCAGCCGAGCGGGUCACCUGUGCCCCGAUAGGACCAGUAUUAGGCAACCGAGCGGGUCACCUGUGCCCCAACACUAGUUUUGUGGCUCAGCAAACAGCCUUGAAUGAUAAGAACCGAGCGGGUCCCUAUCACGCCACUAUUCCCUAA